AAUUCGAAAAGAAGAAAAAAAGAAAAUAAUUAACUAAAAAAGAAACGAAAAAAAAAACACUUUUACUUUGUUUUGUUAUUUCAUUUUGUUUUCUUUUAUUGAAAAACAUGGCAAGGAUUUCACUAGGGUUGUGUCUGAUGUUAGUAGUAACAUCAAGUGUGAUUUAUGAAGCGCAAGGACAUUUCUUGUUGAAGAAUUACUUGACGACUCAGUUUCCAAGCAAGAGCAACGAAUUUGCGCCAUACGCUAAGAAGGGUUUGACAGAGUUCUUGACCGACCUUGAACGUAUUUGUCCACCGACUCCAGAGUUCAAAGGUUUCUUCACAGAAUGCAGGUCUUACAUGAGCUCCAUCCAAACGUCAUCGUCAUCGUCAUCGUCCUCGUCCUCCUCAUCACAAAACAUGGACGGGCUUUCGAAGGCUGUGUCUGCAAUAAGUGGUGGUGCAGGCCAACAAUCUGCGGAAGCAGGGAGUUUCAAAUCUACCAUGGCCUCUAUGGCAAAGACUUUGGUUGAGCAGAAACAGAGCACAAAGACGAUAACGUCUACUGAAAAGAAAACUCUAGUCACAUCUAUGGUGCAGUGGACUAAAUCGAUUGCUACAGUCGUGAAGACAGCAGCUGAGAAGAAAGGAAAGAAAGUCGAUAUAAACUCUUUUGGACUUGAUGUUGAUGUCAAUGACAAAUCUAUCAUGACUGUUAGUGGAAGCAGCCAUAGUAGCUCUUCAUCCCAAAAAUCCAGUUCCGAAUCCUCAUCAAACUCUUCGAGUUAUGCCGCUAGAGCAGAAACUGAAUCUUCAGCAAAGGCUAGAGCACAAGCUGGCGCUUCAGCAAAGGCUGGAGCAGAAAGUGGCUCUUCAGGAAAGGCUAAAGAAACCACCGAGAAGGGUGAGAAGGCUGAGAAGGAGGAGAAGAAGGGUGAGAAGGCUGAGAAGGGUGAGAAGGCUGAGAAGAAGGAGGAGAAGGGUGAGAAGAAGGAUAAGACUGAGAAGAAGGAUAAGGAGGAGAAGGCUGAGAAGAAGGAGGAGAAGAAGGAUAAGGAGGAGAAGGGUGAGAAGGCUGAGAAGAAGGAGGAGAAGGGUGAGAAGAAGGAUAAGGCUGAGAAGAAGGAUAAGGAGGAGAAGGCUGAGAAGAAGGAGGAGAAGGCUGAGAAGAAGGAUAAGACUGAGAAGAAGGAGGAGAAGAAGGAGGAGCAGAAGGAGAAGAGUGGUUCAUCAGCCAAAACCAAAGAAGCCUCCUCGAGCAAAGCUGGUGCUAGUUCUUCGACCAAAGCUGGUGUUACUUUUGACGACACGACAGGUGCAUCUGCGGGAAGCCCGACAGGAAGUCCCACUUCUGGUGAGGAUAGAACCUCAGGAAGCCCGAAAGCAAGUCCCACUUCUGCUAAGGGUAAGUCCUCUAAAAAAGAGAGUGGAAAGGCUGCUGCUUCUUCCAGUUAAAAC